AAAUAAGUAUAUUACUUAUAUUUUAUUAAUAGUAAUGUCGGUUCUGUAAAAACAUAUAGACUGACAUCUGAAGAUACCGUGUCCAAGGAUUCCGAAUUGAAAAAAAUAUCAUCUUUUUAUUGGAUAAUAAUUAAAAGAAAUAUCACUCCCAGUUCCUUUCACGUCGUCACACGUGGACGACCCGAAUUAAAACGCAUCGUUCUGUUGCUUACGCACGCACAAAAGCUCUAAACAAAACAAAGAAAGAGAUAGAGAGAGAGAAAGAGCGAUUCGAUUCCGUCUGUGAAGAAACCUCUCUCCUUCGUUGCAAAGCUUACGAGUCUUCCAGAAGCGGCCAUAUUUCACUCUGCUGAUGUAGCUUCCACGAGCUUAAGUGUAAGCGUUUCGCCGCAAUAUCCGCUAAUGGAAACAAAACCCAAAUUUCUACUUUUUAGCUUAAAGCUCAAUUUUUUACUUUACUCCCUUCUUUGUUUUUUUUGCUUUGCCCUUUUCUCGCCGCAAUGUCUCUCUGGGGAGACCACUCGUAUAGUGUCGUAUCUGUUUUGAAUUUUGCUGGACGUCUUUCGAGUUCGAUUUUCUAGGGUACUCCUGGAGGUUUGAUUCAUUAAAUUUGCUAACUUGGGGGAGUUUUCAAGAAUUUCGAAUGAAUGAUACUGUCUCUGAUCUCCUGUUCUUGUCAUACUCUAGCAGUUUGAAUCGAACUCCAUAGCUGUCUUUUUGUCGCUGUAGAAGAGGUGUUUUGGUCAACUAAGCAUCAACGAAAUGGAAAACAUGUUUGCUUCUAGAGAAAAGGGGUUUGGUUAUCCAGAUAUUCCAACGGAUCAAAUGGAUUGUUCAAGCUUUGGUUCUGGUGUUAGGAGCUUGUUCUCCGAUGAUAUGCUUAACUCGGAGCUUAUGAAUUUCGACUCUUUCGCCACUUGGUGUAAUACACCUUCCGCGUCUGAUUUCUUGUUCUCCCAAUAUGGUCUCUCGUCUUCCCAACCUAUGCCCUUUGGAGCUGAGCCAAAGGCUGCCACCUUUUCAUUCCAUGACUUGGAAACAUCUUACUAUGGUGAAGAAAGGUCACAAUCAGUACAGGAGAUGAGCUCUGAGUUUCAUGGAUCAUUAGAUAGCGAUGAGUUUAGUGGUAAACGGCGCAGGGUUACUAAUCACAAGAGUGGGUUUCCCAACGUACUGAACUGUACUGUUCCCAGGUCUCUGAGCCACUCACUAGAUGAGAAGAUGCUUAAGGCGUUAAGCUUGUUUAUAGAGUCGUCAGGUUCAGGGGAGGGGAUUUUAGCACAAAUUUGGACCCCUAUCAAGACAGGAGACCAGUACAUGCUCAGUACUUGUGAUCAGGCCUAUUUGCUUGACCCGAGGCUUUCUCAGUACCGUGAAGUGUCGAGGAAAUUCACGUUUGCCUCUGAAGCGAAUCAGUCUUCUUUUCCGGGUCUUCCUGGUCGAGUCUUUAUCUCGGGAGUACGCGAAUGGACAUCAAACGUGAUGUAUUACAGGACGGAUGAGUAUCUGCGUAUGAAGCAUGCAAUAGAUAAUGAAGUCCGUGGUUCCAUUGCAAUACCUAUCUUUGAAGCAUCUGGCACAUCUUGUUGUGCUGUCAUGGAGCUUGUCACAUCCAAGGAAAAACCCAAUUUUGAUAUGGAGAUGGACUCUGUUUGCCGUGCUCUCCAGGCUGUAAACUUACGAACAUCAGCGAUCCCUCGUCCUCAGUACCUUUCAAGUAAUCAAAGAGACGCCUUAGCUGAAAUACAAGAUGUCCUCCGAGCAGUAUGUCAUGCACACAAGUUGCCUUUAGCUUUGGCCUGGAUUCCUUGUAGUUACGGCAAGAGGGGAAAGGAUCAAUCUGUGAGAGUUUAUGGACAAAACUCAGGUGAAAAUUGUGUUCUUUGCAUAGAGGAGACAGCUUGUUAUGUGAAUGAUAUGGAGAUGGAAGGCUUUGUGCACGCGUGUUUGGAGCAUUGUCUAAGAGAAAAAGAAGGAAUUGUUGGCAAAGCUUUUGUAUCUAACCAGCCGUUCUUUUCUUCUGAUGUGAAGGCAUAUGACAUCAGUGAGUACCCUCUUGUUCAGCAUGCUCGGAAGUACGGUCUAAAUGCUGCUGUUGCUAUAAAACUGAGGAGCACUCACACUGGUGAAGAUGAUUACAUUCUUGAACUUUUCUUGCCUCUAAGUAUGAAAGGAAGCUCGGAACAACAACUUCUAUUAGACAGCCUUUCGGGCACUAUGCAGAGAAUUUGUCGAACUCUGAGAACUGUUUCAAAUGUGGGGGCAACUAAAAAAGAAGUGACUAGAGCUGGAUUUCGAAGUGGCGAGAUGUCUAAUUUCCUGCAGACCACAUGUUCAGGAAACUUUCAGACAAUAGUAUUGGAUUCCGAACUUAACUGUACUAGAAGCAUGUUUUCGGAAGUGUCCUCUGAUAAAGAAAACGCUAGUACCGGAUCUCAAGGCACUUUUGAGCAGGAUAUGAGCAAAGCUAAAACACCAGAGAAGAAGAAAAGCACAACAGAGAAAAAUGUGAGCCUAAGCGUUCUCCAACAACAUUUUUCUGGGAGUCUAAAGGAUGCUGCAAAAAGCCUUGGUGUUUGUCCCACUACACUGAAGAGGAUAUGCAGACAACAUGGGAUCAUGAGGUGGCCAUCUCGUAAGAUUAACAAAGUGAACAGGUCAUUAAGGAAGAUACAGACGGUGCUUGACUCGGUCCAGGGUGUACAAGGAGGUCUGAAGUUUGACUCAGCAACGGGCGAAUUCAUUGCAGUUGGCGCUUUCAUCAAAGAAUCUGAUCCCCUAAAAGGUCCAUCUUCUAAUGGUGACGAUGCACAUGGAAGAGGUCAGGAGGAUAUGGCGGAAGAUACCUCCUUUGAGCUCUUGAAAGCUAAAUCCGUCGACAAUGCAAUUAAAUUAGAAGAUGAUAUCAUCACGAACGAGUCAUCAUUCAUGGAGGUUAAUGCUAGUGGUCAGCAAUGGGCUUGGAUUGCUGAACAGUCUGGCUUCAAUGGCAGUGAAGGAAUAAAGAACAAUGUCAACUCAAGCUCUCAGGCACUUUCAGAUGGAAAUGAUACAACAAUCCGAUGCAGUGUCGAACCUAACCGAUCCAUGUCAGGCAGCGUGUCAGAUUCAUCAAAUGGCACAGGCGCAGUUAUGCUCGGAAGCUCAUCUACUUCAAUGGACGAUUGGAACCAAAUAAGAACCAACAAAAGCAAUAGCAGCGAGAGUGGAACAACAACUCUCACUGUAAAGGCCACUUAUAGAGAAGACACGAUACGUUUCAAGUUCGAGCCAUCGGUUGGGUGUACUCAGCUCUACAACGAAGUUGGGAAACGCUUUAAGCUGCAAGACGGGUCGUUUCAACUGAAGUACUUAGAUGAUGAAGAAGAAUGGGUGAUGCUGGUUACAGAUUCUGAUCUCCAAGAAUGCUUGGAGAUAUUAUAUGGUAUGGGAAAACACACUGUCAAGUUCCUCGUUCGUGAUUUGCCUGCGCCUAUAGGCAGUUCUGCUGGGAGCAACUGUUACCUAGGAACAGGUUUAUGACAUAAAGACAUACACGACACAACAGUGUUAUGUUUUCACUCUGUGAAGUGAAAGAGUGCUGUUUAUUUCUCCAUAUAUAUUAUUAUUAGUUUGCUUAUAAAAAGGCAUGAGGGAGAAAGACAAUUUUUGUAUAGUGGGAUCCUGUAUAUGUUCAUCGUUUUAUAUAUAAUCAUAGAAUAAAAGUUGGAUGUUUAGUCCAAACUGCUAAUGAUGUAUGUGCUACUACAAACACCUGUUUUCGUUAAGUAUGCAGAAUCGUGUUGAUAUUUGAUAUGGUUAAUUCAGUCCAUUUUAGAC